AUGGGGCCGCGCUGGGCGCUCCUCGCCGCGCUCCUCCACGCCGCGGGCGGCCGGGAGUAUUCAUUGCCUUACACACCACAGUUUGCACAAUGCAAAGAUCCCAGCACUGAAUUCUAUGAAGAAGGACUUAAUAAAUGUUGUAGCCAGUGCCCUCCAGGUCAAUAUAAGACAGAGAGCUGCAGUCACAGUGUGGACACAAAGUGUAGUCACUGUAAACCUAACACAUACACAGCAAUCUGGAAUCGGUCCCCUCAGUGCUUUGCCUGCUCACCACCCUGCAGAAAAGGAUUUGUGCAGAAUCAAACAUGCACAAAAUCACAGGACAGAAUCUGUAGCUGCCCACCGAAUGAGUACUGCAUUUUGAAAAUAUAUGAGUACUGCAAAAUAUGUAAAGUGCAUAAAAAAUGUGGAAAAGGUUACCGAGUUUCCAGAAGAGGGACAGAUAGCACAGAUACAGAAUGUAAACCUUGUCCUCCUGGCACUUUUUCACAUGAGGAAUCUUACGAUAUCAGCUGUAUACCACAUACAGUUUGUAAAUCAGUGGCUGUUCCUGGAAACAGCGUGAAUGACACUGUUUGCAGUGACUCAGGAACAGCAGUUGCCACAGUUCUACCUCACACUAUUUUGAACCUGCUCCUGACCCAAAGCUCGUCUUCCAGCAAACCUGAAAUAGUAACUCGACCUGUCAUUUUAAACUCUGUACCUGACAUGUCUCACAUCAUCGGAUCAGUAGCAGGACCAUUGUUAUUGGCCCUGAUAAUCACUAUUUUGGGGUAUUGCUUAGUCUCCAAAAAAAAAGCCCUUGUAUAUUCUCCACCGACUACAGAAGCAGAUUUGCCUUUUUCCCCUACAGAAAAGCAGUGUGACAAAAAAGUAAGAAACACAGGAUCGCAAAACUCCAGCAGUUCUGAACAGGAGGAACAGCAUCUCUUGGAAACUUCUGGGUCCAGCAGUAGCUCCCUGAAUAAUCCAGCUGGGUCUGCAAGAGUCAGUGUAGUAAGUAACAAGAACAAUGAAAAUAAAGAAACAGAAGGAUUUCAGCAGCAAUAUUCAGCUGCAGAAGGUUGUAAGCUUCACAGUGGAGACAGACACAACUCUGCGAGUUCAGAAUAUUCUGGUAACGGAGGAACGCAGGUGAAUGUGACUUGUAUUGUUAAAGUAUGUAGUCCAGACUGCAGUUCCCAGUUCCCAGAACAGACUAGUUCAACGAGCAUGGAUUAUGGAAAUGCUCCCUAUUAUUCCCCAACAGGGGAAGAAAUUCCUCUUUCAAAAGAAGAAAACCCCUUGAAAAAAGAAACUGAAAUUCAGAUCUUGGUGGAAAAUGAGGACAAUUUACGUCAAGACUUACUUCCAGAAGAAAAGAAGUUUCCUCUGGGUAUUCAAGAUGCGGGGAUGAAAACCAGUUAAAGGAAAUUACAGAUCCUAUACUGAUUGACUGAUAAAAUUAAUCAACCAACCUCUUGUCUUCUAAAAUAAACAUGAUGUUAAAUGUAGCAUUCCUACAGAGGCUUGAUAUUUCAGAUGAAUAUAGACACUGAUGCUUUUGAGGUUUUUAAUCUCUUCUGUCAGCUUUGAGAGUCGAAGGAUCAUCUUUGCAGUUUAAAAAAAAUUGAAUGCUUUUUCUUUUAAACUGAAUGGCCA